GGUCCAACUGCUACAAGUUCAUCACCUGGGUGACUGGUUGUAGUGCCAGCACUAUAGGGAAGGUCAAUGACCAGAUGAAGCAGACAGGGGGGAGAGAGGGAACCACCCCAGCAUGGGCUCAGGAAAUACUGGAUGGAAAACCCACGGCGAAUCUCCAGCGACUCACUGAGUCAAACUCACAAUGACAGUAUUGGUACGUCCAGUAUGCUUGGGUCUCCCACAUGCCCUUCUGAACCAAGUCCAACCAUCUCCGGGGCCAGCACUGUCACCUCUCCUGCACCACAGACGCAAUCAGGGAAUAAUGAAGUCCAGCAGCAGUUUAUGCAGCAACAGGCACAGAUGCUGAAGAUGCUGGAGCAGAAGCUGAUCGAGACACAGAUGAUGCAGCAGACACUCAUGCAGCAAAUUGCCAGACCAGAGACUCUGGCCUCAGGGAUGUUAUCACAGCUGGGUCAGUUCCAGGUAGCAGCUACCAACAGUCCACAGUUCCCGGCCAAUGCAGCUCAGAGUACUCUGAACCAACUCCCGACCACACACUCCCAGAACACCCAGAACAGCCAGCUGGAAACUCUCACUCCAGGCCUGACAACAACCUCAACCAGUCCCAAUGUAUCAAACACACAGAAGGGUUCUGUAUUGUCUCAGCCGAUGACAGUUGGUCGCUUGGGGCAACAGUUGAAUGCUGGACAACAGGUGCCAUCCCAGAGCCAGCAGCAGUACAGCAACUCCAGUGGUCAUCCACAAUUUCAGGUUCCAGUUCUUGGUAAUCGUCAGUCAAAUGUAUUGCAUCUGCAGGCACCUAAUAUUCAGAUAAAACUAGCUCAACCUCAAUAUGUGCUGCAGGCAAGUUCCAGCAAGUCUAAUACCACGACAUCCACAACCCAAGCUGAGGUUCAAAACACAUCAUCACAGCAAGUGUCUGAACAGAAGCCGAAAUCACACGUGACAAAGACAAAUCAAUCCACUGAAAUGACUGGCCAAACCAUCCACAUUUCAGAACAGAACGUAUUGAGACAUUUUGCCAAAGAUGAAAUAGCUCAAGCUCAAACUACUGACCAAUCAAAUAUGGUUAAGAUUGGCAACCAGAUCCAUCAAGUAAUUAAUCUUCAUCCACACCAACUAUCUCAGGUUGUAGCCCAGCCCAUUCAGUUGCAGAACAUUCGACCCAACCUGCAGGGUCUAAGAAUUCCAGUACUGCAGCCAGCUCAAAGAGCACAGCAGCCACAGAACCAGCAGGUUCCAUUUUACCCUCAUGACACAAGCAGGCCCCAGCUACCCCAGUUUGUAACUGUGGCCCCUUUGAAUCCUGAACAGUUGCAACAGAGAGGCAUCCAGAACAUCUGUGUUCCUGCUCGGCUCCCUGUUGGGAGUCCUAUAAGUCUUGAACAGCUCCAACAGAUGUUUGUCCAGUCGCAGCGGCAUACAGAGGCUUCUGUGCAGCAGGUCAACAAAGUAUCAGCCCAAACUCCAGAAACCAAGGAAAACAGUGUAGUUUCAUCUCAACAGAGUCAACUACUGGGGAAGGAGGUAUCUACAUCUCCUUCACAAGGAGCGAAAUCUGCUGAAUCUCUGACUUGUAUGCCUCCUGGUAAGGAGCAAUGCAGCUCCACUCAAUCAUUGCAAAGACACAAAAAUGAAACAUCUGAUCCCUCUAGUGUAUGUAACGCUGCCUCUCAGUCUGACAAUGUCACCCAGUGCAGUACAGUUAAUUCCGCUGUUGAAACCUCCAUUGGGCCAGUGCCCUUUCAUAGUUUAAGUGCAGUUCGUCAACAUAGUCAAGAACAGAAACCUUCUUUAUCAGCCUCCAGUAUUGCAACAGACGAUUCCACCAAGAUCAACUUCAAUGAACUUGAUAGCCAUGGAUUAAGUGAAUUUGCUCAUCUGCAAAAUGUAGGUCAAUGUCAUGACUCAAGUCAUGGUCAAACGGGCCCAAAUUCACAGGGAGUCAAUUGUGCUUUAGUAGUUCAGUCUGUCCCCAGCACAAACACUGAGAAUCUAAGAAGUGGUCACCAGACACCUUCAAGUGAACUAGAUGAAAUGUUACGGUCAUUUGUGAUAAACAGACAUGGUGAUUUUGACCUAGUGUCCCCUUUACCUGAUAACAUCACACGAAGCAGGAAUAACAGCGGUGAGUCAACAAUUGAACCAACAAUAUCAGUGGACAUGUCUUCAUUUCCCAGAGAACUUCUGAGCAUCAUUGCACCUCAGGCUCUGACCAUUACAAUAUCCAAUGGACAGUCUCACAAUUCCGGCCAGUAGAAUGUACCGGCAGAUUUGUGUCAAUAUAUGAUAAAUAAAUGCAAUUAUCGGGUUA